UUAUUUGUUUUUAAUUAAAAAAAAAAAAAAAAACAGAUGGAUAGAAUUAUAAAUACUGUAAUAAAAAAAGAAAAAGUUAUAUUAAAUAAAAAAGACGACAAGGAAACUAAGUUUAUCUCUACUGUAUGUCAUUCUCUUUUUAGUGGUGAGAAGAUUUCUACUCAUGAUUUUUCCAAAAUUUUUGAUAUUGUUCAAUCUAGCAAAGUUGAACUUGAAGAAAGUGUUAUUAGGCGUGGCAUGGAAUCCUUAAAAAAGGAAAUAAAAGAAAAACCUGGCAAUGCAUAUUUAGUUAAAGUAUCCGAUAUUUGGAGUACAUUUUAUCAAAAUAUACUUCCUACUCUGCAGCUGUGGUUCAGUAACCCUAAGGGAGUACCAAUUAAAGAAAUAUUAGUGACAAGCUUUCGAGAUAAUGUUAUUUUAAAGUUAAAACUUGAAGAAUCCUUACAUUUAAAUGAGGCUACUUUACCACCGGGCAUUAAACAAAUGUUUCUUGUAACACUUCAGGUAGUUAAAGAUUACUCUGAGAAUUAUUUUAAGUUAGAGUCAUUAGCAGCUAAAGUAAUUAGUCCAUUUCUUGGUUCAAAAGGACUCUAUGUUGGCUCUGAAAUACAUGAGUAUAAUGAAAAAAAUAAACAUUUACAAUCUGCUAUUUCAAGUAACUCUACUGGAAGUAGUCCUGAAGUAACAGAAAGGGACAGUUCUGAUCUUGAGUUUGAAGAGCUCCUUAAUCAUCGGCGUCAAAUUUUACACAGAAAUGAAUCACAGCAAAGACUGUCUCGUGUUGAAGAAAAAGGCAUUUCUGAAUCACUUGCCAGUCUUUUGGCUGAAGGUUUUGAGAUUGGAUAAUGAUUUUUUUUUUUUAAUGUGGUUUUAUUUUUUAACAUUUAAAAUUCAAGUAAUUGAAUUAUGUAAUGCAACUAUACUUGUAAAUAAGAGAUAGUAAUAUAAUGUUUAAAUUUUUAUAA